CAGCCCCCGCAUGCAGCCCUGCGGGAGCCGCUGGCCAUGGGCACCAAGCAGACCAAGGGCUGCCAGCCGGAGAGCCCCCCGGGCCAGCCCCGCAAGAAGGUGGCCACCAGGGAACGGGGCGAUUUCCUGGCUUCCCUGGUGGCCAAGUCCGGCGAGAAGUUGGGGAGGGGCGCUGGCCCCGGCUCGCCCCCGUACCACCGGCGGAUCUGCAUGAUCCAGGACAUGCUGCUGCUGCUCAGGCAGGGCAGGCAGGAGGAGGCCAGCGAGCUGCUGAAGAACCUGCGGCAGGAUUUGGGGAUGGAAUCCACCUCCCUGGAUGAUGUCCUCUAUCGCUACGCCAGCUUCCGAAACCUGGUGGAUCCCAUCACCCACGACCUCAUCAUCAGCCUGGCCAGAUACAUCCACUGCCCCAAACCAGAAGGAGACUCCCUGGGGGCCAUGGAGAAGCUGUGCAGGCAGCUCACCUACCACCUGAGCCCCCACUCGCAGUGGAGACGCCAGGGCAUCGUCAGGAGGAAACCUCAGUCCUGCCUGAAGGCCGCGCUGACGGGCACACCGCCGGACAACACCGUGGACCUGUCGGGCAUCCCGCUGGGCGCCAGGGAGGUGGAGCGGCUGCGCUCGUACCUGGAGCAGAGCUCGGAGCACAUCGGCGCGGUGGAGCUGUGCUUCACGGAGCUGACGGACGAGCUGCUGCUGCGGCUGCUGCCCGCGCUGCGCGGCCUGCCGCGCCUCACCACGCUGGGCCUCAGCGGCAACCGCCUGACCCGCGCCGUGCUGCGCCAGCUCACCGAGUGCCUCAAGGACCCGGCCAGCUUCCCCCGCGUCACCUGGAUCGACCUGGGCAACAACGUGGACAUCUUCUCGCUGCCGCAGCCCUUCCUGCUCGGCCUCAAGCGGCGCUGCCCCAAGCAGGGCAACCUGCCCACCAUCAUGGAGUUCGGGGAGGGGCAGGGCGGCGAUGCCGAGGGGCCGGAGGGGAUGGCGGGCGGCCGGCAGGAGCUGAGGGCAGGGCAGGAGUUGAGGGCAGGGCCGGAGCCGAGGGCAGGGCAGGAACUGAGGGCAGGGCAGGAGCCGAGGGCAGGGCAGGAACUGAGGGCAGGGCAGGAACUGAGGGCAGGACAGGAACUGAGGGCAGGGCCGGAGCCGAGGGCAGGGCCGGAGCCGAGGGCAGGGCCGGAGCUGAGGGCAGGGCAGGAGCUGAGGGCAGGGCCGGAGCCGAGGGCAGGGCAGGAACUGAGGGCAGGGCCGGAGCCGAGGGCAGGGCCGGAGCCGAGGGCAGGGCAGGAACUGAGGGCAGGGCAGGAGGUGAGGGCAGGACAGGAACUGAGGGCAGGGCAGGAGCUGAGGGCAGGGCCGGAGCCGAGGGCAGGGCAGGAACUGAGGGCAGGGCCGGAGCCGAGGGCAGGGCAGGAACUGAGGGCAGGGCCGGAGCGGGCGGACAGAGCGGCCGGGGAUGGCUCGGAGCAAGGAGCCGCGGCACAGACGUGAUGGCAAAGAGCCACCACAGCACGGACAUGGUGGCCAGAGCCGCACCACAGCACGGACAUGGUGGCCAGAGCCACACCACAGCACGGACAUGGUGGCAAAGAGCCACGGCACGGACAUGAUGGCCAGAGCCACACAACAGGCAUGACGGCCAGCCCUUGAGUGGGCACCUUGAGAAAGGAGCCUCCACAGCACGGACAUGAUGGCCAGAGCCACAGCACAGACUGAUAGCAAGGAGCCACCACAGCACAGACUGAUGGCCAGCCCUGGGUGGGCACCUUGAUGCCCAGCCCCUUGUGCAAGGAGCCACAGCACAGGCAUGAUGUCCAGCCCUGGGUGGGCACCUUGAUGCCCAGCCCCUUGUGCAAGGAUGACUCCAAACCUCAGAGCUGGAAGGGUCUGUCCCCACUCCUGGAUGCUCCACGAGUCCCAGCUGCUGCCUCCCCCCAUGCCAUGAAUGUCAGUGAUUCUCUUCUCAAAGAACACCUAAAAGUGAUCACA